AAUUAUUUCUCUUCCUCUCUCUUCACUUUACCGACAAUAUUAUUUUAGAUUGGCUAAUAUUUUUCCAUUCAGGAGCACUGCUUUACUCUAGGGAGUCUAAGAAAUAAUACAUAAGAUAUUUUUAUUUGCCUUUAGCAAGGGCUAGUUUUAUUCAGUGUUGAUAUUCACCACAGUUAUGAAUAGAAUUUUACGACUGGUUCGGCCGAUCGAAAGGUCUUGCCUUGCAAAUGGAUUCAGGGUCCCAUACAGUACAACAGAAACACUAAAUCCAGAACCGAGCAAGGUAUCGGAGUCAGCGCCACAACAAAUGGGAGGAUUCGCAAAAGCCUUCGAUAAGCACUCCAAUAUCCUAAACACUGAGGAGCCAGAAGAGAAACACACAUUUGCUUCGUUACUGAGAAAUUCUAAACUGAUAGAUUUGGGAGACCCAGUGAACAAGGUGGUCAUUGGCAAGAUCUACCAUGUGGUGGCUGAUGACCUUUACAUAGACUUCGGCUGGAAGUUCCACUGUGUGUGCACCAGACCAGCCACCAGGGGUGAAGAGUAUGUCCGUGGUGCCCGAGUGAGGGUCCAGAUUAAGGACUUGGAGCUCUCCUCCCGCUUCCUCGGGUCCACCACCGACCUGACGCUGCUGGAAGCCGACUGCAAACUGCUGGGCCUAGUGUAUUCACCCGUCAGACCAACAACUGCUGAUAAGCAGUAGGUUAGUUUUGUUAUUUAUUUUGUAAUUAGAAUGUAAUUUUGUAGUUAGUUAUUAUAAUAUUUAGUGGUUGAAUGAUGUGUAUUCCUAUGUAAGGAAUUAUACUAGUAACUUGUAAUAUUCUCAUAUUUGUUGCAUAAGUCUAUCAAUGAAAGACAAUUGUUCUUUCAACAUUUUAUUUAAUUGACAUACCUACAGUUACAGUAUAAGCAACACUGGAAUACUCUUAAAUAUAUCAAUAUUCAACAUUUAACUA